GUAUUUUCUGAACUGUCGCUGUUAUUGAAAGUCGGGCGGAUUGAGAUACGAGCGUUUAAAAAAAUUCACGGAUGGACAACAUUUCAAAACUACUGCUGGACAUUCUAGAGGAGCUGAAGAUAGAGGACCUGAAGAAGUUCCAGUGGCAUCUGACCAACAGUGUAGAAGAUGACAAACGCAUCCCAAAGUUUCAGCUGGAGAAUACAGACAGACUUGAUACUGUGGACAACAUGGUGCAGAAAUAUGACCCAGAUGGAGCUGUGAUGAUCACACUGGACAUCCUGAAGAAGAUGAACUACAACCGACUGGCUGAGACCCUGAGAAUCAAACACAGUGAAAAUAAAGCAGAAGCAGCUGUGGGAGGUCAAACUGGACCAGGCCAGAACAUCACAGCUCAAACUGGACCAUGCCAGAAUAUCACAGCUCAAACUGGAGGAGCUGUCAGUGCACCUGUUCUACAUGGAAAAGUGUUUCAAGGCCCUGUUACUUUCUUCACUGGACACUAUAAACCUUACGGUGGAGACAAAUGUGAAGUUUCAACUGCUAAGAGUCCAGCAGCAGGAACACCACUUACUGGGAAUAUGGACAUAGAUCAUCUCUUAACACAUCAUGAAUGUUUUAUUCCUGAAGUGAUUGAAAAGGGUUCAGAGGUCAAGGGCAGUAAUUCAUACAGAUUCAUGUGCCCUCAUGCUGGUCAGUUCCAGUGCAAAUUGACCAAUCUUGUGUUUGAGAUGGAAGGGAAAGGGGAGGUGAUGUACAGAAUUGUUUCUUGGGAUACCCAUCCUAUGGAAGGCUUGGCUCAUAUGCAGCCAAUAGGACCACUGUAUGAUAUCAACAGCAUCCAAGGUUCAGUCAGUCAUCUACAUCUCCCACACUGUGAGAUCAUGUAUGAGGAAAGUAAGGCUCAUCUGGCAGUGGCACAUUUUACUGCUGACAGUGUAGAGCUCAUACAGCCAGUUCAAGUGACAAACACACACGUUAUCCUAGACAUCCAAGGCUUCUCCCUCUUUGGCCUUUUAUUUAAUAAAUUGUUUGGUUCGUCUUGCAUUAAUGCUCAAGUGCUACUAUUGUACAAGGAAAUGACUGACAGACAAAGAAGAAAAAAACUGCAAAUACAUUUGUUGCCAGGAAAUGUAUCGGUUGAUGAGGUGAUGAAUCGGCAAAUCGACUUCAGAAACAUUAUAACCAGCUCCAAAUGCCAGCUGGUUCCUGGUGAAAAAUACAGACCAAUGUGUGAACAUAAUUUUCAGCCUCCGGAUGAAACAUUUGACCGUGACUAUGGUCCCAAU